GAAUAAGUUAUAUUUUUGUAAUAUUUAAUGUGAACAUUGCUUUAUUUAAAUUUAAAAAUUUUACCCGCGUAUACUGCGCGCGUCGAUAAAUAAACUUGCGAACGCGCAGAAACCAUUAUCCCUAAGUUCGAUCAGUAGUCCUAAUGUUGGACUGGCGAAAUCGACGAAAACAAUAAUUUGUAGACGAGUAAUUACUAAAUUUAGAAAUCAGUACCGCACGAAGCAGAACAAAAAGUGUUGUUCUGCAUUCGUUGUCGGAUUUUAUAGUGACGUCUACGUUUCUUGAAUCAGUAAUAAUUCAGGUUUUAUGGUCCAGAUCAUGCAAAAUAGAAACGAGCGCCCAUCGGCAAUUGUGUGCAUUGCGUAUCAUCAAUUAAGUAUAAUGACUGGUAUUAAAGAUCCAACUAAACAAUCCGAUUUAGAGAAAAUAAAACAAGAGAAUGAACAAAUGAAUGUUAUUGUUAAAAAAAGUUUUAUGGAUAUAAAAAAUAUGUACAUGCAACGAUUUUUCGAAUUUUCUAAAGACAUGGCAGAAUCUUUCAGGUCAAUAUUAGAUAACUUAAAAGUUCGCAUUGAAGAAUUUCAUGAACAGAAUCAAUCUAUAUUUGAUCUAUUUUCACUUUCACAACUACAAAAGUGGUCCCAAUCCCAACGUGAACAAUAAUUUGAAUUGAGUAUAUGAGUAUUAUUUAAAUGCUCAAUGUGACGACGCAUCUACAUCGUACGCCAUCUUAAUUCGAGUAUGGUUGCCGCCAAUGUACUACGUUUCUGUAAAUUUUAUAACUUUGUGAAUUCUUAAAAAUUAAUAUUUUUUUUUGAAUUAAUGAUUACGUAUUUAUUUUUUACAUAAUACAUUUUUGUUCAUUUAUUUCUAUAUAUUAAUAUGUCACAACAAUACUGUUUUCUUUGCGCAAGUGAUGGUGGUGUUUUCUUGGAUAUUACGGAGGAUAAUAAACAAGUAUAUUAUGAUCAAUUUGAGAUCUGCUCACUUGUUAAGGUACCAAAAGCAAAUGAAUUGCCAACCAGAAUUUGUCACAAAUGUGCAUAUGAAUUAAAUCAAUGUAGUACUUAUAAAAAAUUUAAACGAAAUACAAAGCAAAAAACAAAUGUCCGCAAACAGUGCUGCAAUUUAUGUCGGGAACCUGCAAAAAACGAAUUUAUUUUUGAUCUUGUUAAAGAGAAAAACUUGCAACAAAAUAUAUUUUUCAAAAUACGAAAGGUUUUCAAUCAUGAACUUGACAAAUUUUGGGAAGAGUUUAAAUUUAUAUGUUUAUCUUGUCGAUACACAAUAGAUGUGUUGUUGGAUUUACAGCACAUAUGUGAAGAAACUGCAAAUAACAUAAAAUUCAAUAAUACAAAUAAUAAGGAAACAAAUAAUUUGAUUUUUCAUAAGGUAAAGACAACUGUCAUAAGUCGCAAAACUACUAUUACUGAAUCUAAGAGAGUAAAUUUAUCCAUAUUACGAGAAUCAGAAACUGAUUCUGACAAUAUGACUCGUACACGAUCUCAAAAUCAAUUGAAUAAAAAAACAAUGCUAAAAUCUUGUAACAAAUGUCAUGAUUCUAUUAAAACUGAUGAUGACAUGUAUAAGAUUCAUGAAACAGGAAAUAUUGUAUGUAAAAAUUGUUGGAAAAACAUGAAUAUUUAUAAAAAUGAAACUGAAAAGCAAAAACAACAAAAUCUUACGGAAAUCAAACUUUGUACAGUUUUUCUAAAAGAUGUAUUAAAAGAUAGUGACAUAAAAGCGAAAAAACUGUAUAGAAUUAAUGAAGAUGAUGAAGGUAAUAAAACAUAUAUUAUAAUGGAUAAUGAUUUAAAAAAUGAAAAUAAAUCUAAUAAAGAAUUUAAUAAUAUAGAAAAUAAUAUAGAAAAACAAGGUCAAAAACGAUCUAUCAAAGAUAUAAAUGAAAAUACAAAUAAUGAAUAUACACCUAAUAAAAAACACAAAUCUAAUAUAAAAGAAAUAAAUGAUAUUAAUUUAAAAGAGACAAUUCAUUUGAGGCAAAAGAAUCGAAAUCGAAAUAAUAUUCAAAAUUCGGAUUCAGAUUCUUCUGUAUCAAAAACUACAAAAAGAAAACAAAGAACCUUAACAAUACAUAAACGAGCAAUUGGUUUAUCGUUAUCCGAUGCCGAUGUUGACAAUAAGUAUAGUCAUAAAAGAUUAAAAGGUGUUUUAAGAGGUAUUUCUGUAAAAAAUAUAGAUGAAAGUGACGAAUCAUUAUCAAACGAAGAUGUAUCAAAGAGAAAGCGAACAAGACUUACAAGCGCUCCACCAGAGAGUGGAUCUUUGCGAAAAAGAAAAAAUAAUAGCCAAAAACGUUCCAUGAAUUUUAUUGAUUUAACGUCGUAUGAAUUUCAAUCCUUAGAAUCAGAUAAUAAUAAAGAAGAUAUAUUUCAGACUCAGACAUAUGUAUGUGAUGAAUGUGGAGCUAGUUAUGAAAAUAAAAUGAUAGGUUUAACACACAAAUUGUCGCAUUAUAAACAACUAAGAUUAAAAAUUCAAAAAUUAAGUGAUGAAAGAAUAAAAGAAAUAUUAAGUUCAAAUGAAGCAAUAGAUGACCAUGUAGAAGAUCUAUCUGAAUCUAUAGUAAUUUCAAUAGAAGACGAUGAAGAAGAAUUAAUAGAAGAUGAAAAAAAUUUAAAUGUAAAUAAUCAUGCAAAUGUAUUUUCUUCUAAAAAAGAAGUAAUAGAAGAUGCUGUUGAUGUGAAACUAGUCAUGAAAGAAUUUGAUGAUGAUCAGAUACAAAAAAUUGAGAAUGAAAAAGAAACAGAGAUUAAAACAAAUGUUGAUAUUUCAUCAAUUCAAAAUGAGAACGAAAUUGAAAAAGACAUUGUUAUAGAAACUGAAAAAAAUAAUAAAACUAAAAAUAAUUGUACUGAUAAUGAUAAGACUGAUAAAAAUAUUUGUGAAUUUGAUGAAAAUACGAAAUCAGAAGAAAUACAAAAAAAUUCAGAUAAAAUAUAUAAUAAUAAUGAAGAUUUACAGGAGAAAUAUAAAGAAGAGAAACAAAUAAAAGAUGACCAAGAAAAUAGUGGAACUAAAAUAGAGGAAAAAAAGAAAAGUGAUGACAUUGUAGAAAGAAAAAAAGAAAAAGAAAAUAAUGACAUUAAAGAAAGAGAAGAAGAAAGUGAUAUUGAAGAUAGAGAAGAUGUAAAGAAAAAUAUAAAUAAUAAAGACAAUGAAAAAGAAAAAGAACAAAAGGAAAUAAUAUAUAAUGAAGAAGAAAAAGAGCAAGAACAAACGAUGCACAUUGAAGAAGAAAAAGAACAAGAGGAAAUGAAACACAAUGAAGAAGAAAUUAAAACGAAUAAGGAAAGUAAAUCUAACGAAGAUUUUGUUGAAUUUACUAUGAAUAAAAAUGAAAUUCAGACUCCUUUUAAAGUGAUUGAACAGAAUGGUAUUGAAAAAAAAGAAGUAAAUGAUAGGAAUAAUUCAAUACAAAAUACGAAACAGAAAUUAUUUGAAUGUAGACAAGAAAGAAAAUCUGAUGAAAGUGCAAUAUAUACAAAGAUAGAUAGUUUCGAUUCAAAAGAAUCAAAACUAGAAACAAAUAUAUUAUUGGAAGAAGAAAAUAUAAUUAAUAAAAAUGAUCUUCAUAUAGAUAAAGCAAAAGUUAAAUUAAAUAUUUCAACACAAGAAGAAUUAAUGAAUGAAUCUGCUAAUGUUGUAGCAGAAGUAUUGCGAGAAGUACUUGAUUUAGCAAGUGCAAAAGUUGAAGAACGGCAAGAAAGUAUUGAUAUAAGUGCAAGAAAUAAUUUUAUCGAAACGGAAACUUUAGAAAACAUAUCACAUGAAAUACAAAAUACUGUUGAUAUGCCAUCUCUCAAAGUAGACAAUAUAAUCGAUAUUGAGUAAUAUCCAUAUGAGAUAAUGAGUAUAUUUAUCAUUUUUCUAUAACAAAUUAAGUAUAGUUCUGAUAU